UAGAAAAUAAAGAAAGAAAUGGGUGCAAUGUUGAAGAUAGUCGAUCGGAUACUGUUAAUGAACUAUUUCAUAUUGGCUAUCGUGACGCCGUUGAUCGAUUCGCAGACAUGUCUGCCGGCCGAACUGUUCCCGGAGAUAUUGAUAAAGGUGAGGAGUUGGUACACUCAAGGAUGCGGUGACUUUCUGUACGAGGAGAAGCCAACUUUCUUCGUGGCUAUGGUUUGGACAGAAAUGAUAGUGCAUUGGCCUCUUGUUCUUUUAAAUAUCUAUUCAAUGUUAACUGUGAAGCCUUGGUAUCAAACUACUUGCUUGAUCUAUAACACCUCCAUAGCCACUUUUAUGGUUCCGAUAAUAGCGGUACUGUUGGAUUCAGGGAGGGCAUCAACGGAACUGAUGUUUAACUAUUACCCUUCAAUGGCUAUCGCAGUACUCGGCAUAGUGCGUGGGCUCUUCCCUACCAACACAGCUUCGGCUACCGGCAACGGACCCGCUUCUUCCAUUAAGAAGAAAGCUUGAUAGGAUCUCCGGGUUUUCUUUUUGGUUGACAUCUCUAGUUUGUGGUCUGUUUUUCAAAAGGGAUAGCAGUAAAAAUAUUUACAUGUAAUAAUUUAGGAGCAUUUACUUCAAGGUUAGGAUUCGAAAUCAAAAUGAGAAUGUGCA